AUGUCAAAAGAUAUGUACAUUGCUGAAGGAGGGUCAACAUAUAGACCACCUUUCUUUGAUGACUCAGAUUAUUAUUUCUGGAAAAGAAAAAUGCAAUUGUUCCUGAAGUCACAAGAUACUGAUAUGUGGAGAAUCAUGACAGAUGGAGACUUCAUACUAAGAAUGGAUCAAAACGAUUCAACAUCUGCUGAAAAGAAAGAAGCAUAUUGGACAACAGAAGAAAAAACUAAGGUACUCCUAAACUCCAAAGCUCAAUUAUUCUUAUCGUGUGCUUUGAGCAGAGAAGAAUGCGAAAGAGUUGAUGAAUGCAAAACUGCUAAAGUAGUAUGGGACACAUUACAAACUCAUCACGAAGGAACAAGCCAUGUGAAAGAAACAAGGAUUGAUAUAGGCAUAAGAAAGUUUGAACUAUUUGAAAUGAAUGAAGGAGAAACCAUUGAUGAGAUGUACUCAAGAUUCACAACCAUUGUAAAUGAAAUGCGCUCCUUAGGGAAAGCAUACUCAGUACAAGACAGAGUCAGAAAAAUCAUGAGAUGUCUUCCAAUAAUAUGGAGACCAAUGGUGACAGCCAUAAGCCAGGCUAAGAAUCUUGACGUACUUGGAUUGGAGGAACUGAUUGGAACAUUAAGAGCACAUGAAGUGUCAAAGAAAUUUCCCUUUAAAAAGAAGUCAAUGAUGGCAACCUGGGAUGAUUCUGAUGAAUCAGAAACAGAUGAACCUGAAGAAGCAAACCUGUGUUUGAUGGCAAACAUUGAAGAUACAUAG